AUGCCACCCAAAGUGCUGCGGGGUGCCCGCGGCUGCUCUCCUCCUCUGGGACCGGGGCUCCCGCUGCCUCCCCAAGCCCCGGCGGCCGCCCCGAGUGAGCGAGAGAAGCAGGAGCAGAUUGAGGUCCAGAAGGAGAAGCAGAGGGAGCUGAUCCUGCAGCUCAAGACGCAGCUGGAUGACCUGGAGACUUUUGCUUACCAGGAGGGCAGCUAUGAUUCUCUGCCGCAGUCGGUGGUUAUGGAAAGACAACGGAUGAUUAUAAAUGAGCUGAUAAAGAAGCUGGACAUGGACUUGAGUGAAGAUAUUGCGACGCUCUCUCCAGAGGAAUUGCGGCAGCGUGUGGAUGCUGCCAUAGCACAGAUUGUUAACCCAGCCAGGGUAAAGGAGCAGCUGGUGGAACAACUGAAGACCCAGAUAAGGGACCUCGAAAUGUUCAUCAACUUCAUUCAGGAUGAAGUCGGAAGCUCCGGUAAGGCAGAAGAUGGGCACUGCGAAUGCACGGGCAGGAAAGAUGGCAGCGGCUGCUACAAACCCAGUACACGGCCCUCAGGAAACAGAGUGAACCCAGAAGAUGCCAGAAAGAUGCGAGAAACAGGUCUGCAGCUCAUGCGUCGCAUGCUUGCCGUGCUGCAGAUAUUUGCUGUCAGUCAGUUUGGUUGUGCUACUGGCCAGAUUCCUCGCACCCUCUGGCAGAAGGACCAGGCCAACCAGGACUAUUCCCCCUUAAUUAAGAAGCUGGAGCUGUCCGUGGAGCGGGUGAGGCAGUUGGCCGUGAAGCACCAGCAGGAAGACCACGUUAUCAGUUCCUCCGAUCUGCAGGACAUCCCCUUAGGGGGCAGGGACGAGCUGACGCUCGCUGUGCGGAAGGAGCUGACCGUUGCUUUGCGAGACCUGAUGGCUCACGGGCUCUUCGCCUCCUCUCAAGGCAUGAGCCUGGUGCUGGCCCCCAUCGCGUGCUUGAUUCCUGCCUUCACCUCCUCGCCGCAGACCAUGCACCCCUGGGAGCUCUUUGUCAAGUAUUACAACGCUAAGAACGGACAAGCCUUCGUGGAAUCCCCGGCCCGCAAGCUCUCGCAGUCCUUCGCCUUGCCUGUGACGGGAGGAGGGGCCGUGACCCCCAAGCAGAGCCUGCUGAGCGCCAUCCACACGGUCCUGACGGAGCACGACCCCUUCAAGCGCAGCGCAGACUCUGAGCUGAAGGCCCUGGUGUGUCUGGCUCUGAACGAGCAGCGCCUGGUCUCCUGGCUCAACCUGAUCUGCAAGUCUGGCGCCCUGGUGCAGUCCCACUACCAGCCGUGGAGCUACAUGGCCAACACGGGCUUUGAGAGCGCGCUCAACCUGCUCAGCCGCCUGAGCAACUUGAAAUUCAACCUCCCGGUUGACCUGGCUGUCCGGCAGCUGAAAAACAUCAAAGAUGCGUUUUGAUGUACUCUUGUUGUAGAUCAUCAUCCAUUUUCCACAAGUAGGCAGCUGUUGGGCUCGAGAAGCCUGGCUUUUUUAAGACCAAGUUUGUCUCUUUGAAAUUGAUACUUUUUAGGGAAAUCUUACGGUGUCUUGAUGCUGGAAGUCUGCAUUUUCCACGGCUGCCACUGCAAAGCUGCCGGGGGCUGCGCGCGGACAGCCCUCACCUGCCCCUGGCGCAGCUCUGAGGAGCAGAACCGUGCUGGCGAGCCUGUGCUGGCGAGGGUUGGCCGCGGGGGCUGCCCUGGCCGCGGGCCCUGCGGGUGGGGGACGCCCCUUGGGACGUGCAGCUUAGCCCCGGCCGCAGCGCAGGGGCUUAUUGCUCAGAGUUUGUGCUAUAAACGCUGCCCCCGUGAGCCGCCGCCCGCAGAGGACCGUGGCCGGCUGCCUGGUGCUGCGUGGCCCUGGGGGUCGCCCCGGGGCGAGUGACAUGCCCUCCCCAGCCUGAACGAAUGAGACCGGGGGCAGCUACUGCGUGUGGCCCGG